UGGUAGAAAGAAACAUUUGUGAAGAGAAAAAAAGAAAAUUAUAAUAAAAGUAUAAAGAAAAAAAAAGAUAACAGUGAGUGUUAAGCUUCGGUUGUUUUCCUCGAGUAUUAAAACAGUAACAACCCGUUUUUGCUGUUUUUGUCUUCGUUUACAAAUAUAGAAAGAGAUAUAGAGUGACGAAAAUUCUCGUAGAAAUAUUAGAGUGAGUCACGGAUGUGAAAAAAAAAUAUAAAACCGCUCGUAAAACCGCUCUAGUUAUUCUCAAUGAGAAAUGAGACUUUUGGAGGAGUUUCAUCCCCGAAAAGACAACAAAUAAAUCGCUAGAAAGGCGCAAAGAAGUUCUACUAGAAAGUUUUCAAAAUACAGCUCGGACAAUAUGUCUGGGAAUUACUCGGUGCGCUGCGAGCCGGGCCUAAUGAUACCUAUCUGGUCUCCGGUAGAAAAUUUGCAUCUAAUUGACAUCAUCUUCCGGGGUAUAGUGUACUUCUUUUUCUUACUGUAUCUGUUCAUCGGCGUGUCGAUCAUCAGCGACCGCUUCAUGGCAGCCAUCGAGGUGAUCACGUCCAAAGAGAAGGAGCUCACGGUACGCCGUCAUGGCAGGGAACCGCAGAUUAUCAUAGUGCGAGUGUGGAACGAGACGGUAGCCAAUCUGACCUUGAUGGCGCUCGGUAGCAGCGCGCCCGAGAUUUUAUUGUCCAUUAUAGAAAUUUGGGCGAAGAACUUCAACGCCGGCGAGCUGGGUCCGGGCACGAUUGUCGGUUCCGCCGCCUACAAUCUCUUCGUUAUCAUCUCUCUGUGCGUGUUCGUGAUCCCGAACGGAGAGACCCGCAAGAUCAAGCAUCUCCGCGUCUUCUUUGUCACAGCCACUUGGAGCAUAUUCGCCUACGUGUGGCUGUAUAUCAUCUUGGCGGUGACCAGUCCGGGUGUGCUGGAGGUCUGGGAGGGUAUACUUACCUUCCUGUUCUUUCCGGCCACCGUAUUGACGGCUUACAUCGCCGACCGACGACUGCUGAUUUACAAGUAUCUGCACAAGGGCUAUCGGAUGAACAAGCGCGGUGUGAUUGUGCAGGCGGAGUCUGGGGACUCCGAAAUAGGGGUGGAGCUGGAGAUCAAGCCGCAGCAAGAUGGUCUCCACGGUAUAGUGGACCGCUUAGCCGACGCCGACUCCCCCGAAGCGAGGGAGUUCGAGCAGACCCGACGUGAUUACAUCAAUACUCUGAGAGAAUUGCGCAAGAAGUAUCCCACUCAGCCCUUGGAGCAGCUCGAGGUGAUGGCGCACGAGGAGGUAUUGGGCAAGGGUCCCAAGAGCCGGGCCUUCUACAGAGUGCAGGCCACCCGGAAGAUGGUGGGCGCUGGCAAUCUCAGCAGGAAGAUUAGCGAAAGAGCGCAGAGCGACCUCAGCGAGGUCAAGGCUGAGCUGCAGAAAGCGGAAGCCGAGAGCAUUGACAUCGAGCACGUAAACGCCAUGAGGGUGUUUUUCGAACCUGGCCACUACACCGUGAUGGAGAACGUCGGUACCUUUGAGGUGGGUGUCACCAGGACGGGAGGUGAUCUGAGCAAGCCCUGCAGCGUGGACUAUUGCACGGAGGACGGAUCCGCGGAAGCGGGAUCUGAUUACGUGAGCGCCAAAGGAACUCUGACCUUUGAACCUGGCGAGACCAAGAAGACUAUCCAACUCUCGGUCAUCGAUGACGAGUUGUUCGAAGAAGACGAACAUUUCUACGUCAGACUCAGCAACGUGUCGCAACCGGCGAUGCUCGUCUCGCCGAGUCUGGCAACGGUGAUGAUCCUGGACGACGAUCACAGCGGCAUCUUCGGCUUUCCCGAGAGAGAUGUGGAACUGGUGGAGAGCGUGGGUCAGUAUCCCCUGCGCGUGGUGCGUUACAGCGGGGCCCGAGGACGCGUCGUCAUCCCUUAUCGCACGGUGGAGGGCACCGCAAAACCUGGCAAACAGUACGUGCACAUCGAGGGCAGUCUAACUUUCGAGGACAAUCAGACGGAGUGA